GCCUUGAUCACUCUAAGGAGUGGUAAAAAAAUUGAGAAGCCAACACCCAACCCAUAUGUUGAGAAAGAAGAAGAAGACAUAAAGAAAGGGGAAGAGAUGGAAGAAAAAGAAAAAAUGCUGAAGAAGUCAACUUCUCCUCCUUUUCCUCAAGCAUUGCAUGGGAAAAAGGGGAUUAGAAAUGCAUCUGAAAUUCUUGAAGUAUUGAGACAAGUGAAAGUCAAUAUCCCAUUGCUGGAUAUGAUUAAACAAGUUCCAACAUAUGCAAAGUUCCUAAAGGACUUAUGUACUAUUAAAAGAGGGUUGACUGUAAAUAAGAAAGCCUUCUUGACUGAGCAAGUAAGUGCAAUCUUACAAUGUAAGUCUCCAUUGAAGUACAAAGAUCCGGGAAGUCCUACCAUUUCAGUCAUGAUUGGAGAAAAGGUAGUGGAGAAAGCUUUGUUAGACUUGGGAGCAAGUGUGAAUUUGCUUCCAUACUCUGUUUACAAGCAAUUGGGACUUGGUGAGUUGAAGCCAACGGCAAUCACUCUAUCUCUAGCAGAUAGAUCAGUAAAAAUUCCAAGGGGGGUAAUUGAGGAUGUCUUGGUUCAAGUUGAUAAUUUCUACUAUCAAGUAGAUUUUAUUGUUCUUGAUACAGACCCUACUGUAAAGGAAGCUAAUUUAGUUCCUAUCAUCCUUGGAAGGCCAUUCCUUGCUACCUCAAAUGCAAUCAUCAACUGUAGGAAUGGGCUUAUGCAACUCACUUUUGGCAACAUGACACUUGAUCUCAAUAUCUUCUAUAUGUCUAAAAAGCAAACCACUCCGGAAGAAGAAGAGGGUCCAAAAGAGGUGUGCAUUAUUGACACUUUGGUAGAGGAGCAUUGUAAUCAGAAUAUGCAGGACAAGCUGAAUGAAAGUCUUGUGGAUUCUGAGGAAGGUUUGUCUGAACCCCCUAAUGUGCUUGCUACUCUACAAAGUUGGAGAAGGAUAGAAGAGAUUCUACCUUUGUUCAAUAAAGAAGAAGAGGCAGUUGCUGAAAAAGAAACUCCAAAACUCAAUCUGAAGCCUCUACCUGUGGAGCUGAAAUAUACAUAUCUUGAGGAAGAUAAUCAAUGUCUUGUUGUAAUAUCUUCAUCUCUGACCAGUCAUCAAGAGAAUUUUGACCACCUUUCAAGUGAGUGGAAUGCACAGGACAAGAAGCAUUUCUUUUCAAAAGUUCAUGCUUAUUAUUGGGAAGAACCCUUCCUUUUUAAGUAUUGUGCAGAUCAGAUCAUAAAGAAGUGUGUCCCUGAAGAAGAGGCAUAUAGAACAGCUUAUAAGACUAUUCUUGGCAUGUCUCCCUAUCGUCUUGUCUAUGGCAAAGCAUGCCAUCUCCCUAUGGAAGUUGAAUACAAAGCUUGGUGGGCA